AUGGUUAAGGAGACACCAUCUAAGGUAGCGGCUCACGCUCUCUCGGAUUUGGAAUUGAAGGACACUAAGAAUUUGGGCUCUACUUUGGAGAGUGUUGCAGAAUCCAAGGAGAGUGAAGAAGAUCUGCAACUGAGACUUUCGAAAGCAGCACAAGAACAUCGGGCAUUUCUGAAGUCGCACCAUGUGCAUCGUCACAAGUUGAAAGAGAUGGAAAAGGAUGAGCCGUUGCUGGUGGAGAACAAGCGUAGGUUUGUGCUGUUUCCCAUCAAGUACCAUGAGAUCUGGCAGGCUUACAAGAGGGCAGAGGCUUCGUUCUGGACAGCGGAAGAAAUCGAUCUUUCAAAGGAUAUUCAUGACUGGAAUAACAGGAUGAACGAGAACGAGAGAUUCUUCAUCUCGAGAGUUCUUGCAUUUUUCGCUGCCUCCGACGGGAUCGUCAAUGAGAAUUUGGUGGAGAACUUCAGUGCGGAAGUGCAGAUCCCGGAGGCGAAAUGCUUCUACGGGUUCCAGAUCAUGAUGGAGAACAUUCACUCUGAGACAUACUCGCUGUUGAUUGACACUUACAUCAAGGACCCAAAGGAAAGCGACUUCCUUUUCAAUGCGAUUGAAAACAUCCCCCAGAUCAAGGAGAAGGCAGAGUGGGCUAUCAGAUGGAUCCAGGAUAGUGAGUCCAUCUUUGCAGAGAGAUUGGUGGCGUUCGCCGCCAUCGAAGGUAUCUUCUUCUCUGGUUCGUUUGCUGCCAUCUUCUGGCUGAAGAAGAAGGGUCUAAUGCCCGGGUUGACUUUCUCCAACGAGCUGAUCUGCAGAGACGAGGGUUUACACACCGAUUUCGCGUGUCUGUUGUUUGCUCACUUGAAGAACAAGCCAGAUCCUGCCAUCAUCGAAAGAAUUAUCACCGAGGCCGUCGAAAUCGAGAAAAGAUACUUCAUCGAUGCAUUGCCCGUCUCUUUGCUAGGUAUGAACGCCGACCUCAUGAAUCAAUAUGUCGAGUUUGUCGCUGACAGACUACUGGUGGCUUUUGGAAACCCCAAAUACUUCAAAGUGACAAACCCCUUUGAUUUCAUGGAAAACAUCUCUUUGGCCGGUAAGACCAACUUCUUCGAAAAGAGAGUCUCUGACUAUCAAAAGGCUGGUGUUAUGGCCAAGAACACCAAAGAGGACGCUGAAGGCGACGCUUUCGCCUUUGAUGAGGAUUUUUAA